UUCAGUACACUCACAAGUCAGAAACAUUCUAAACAUCAUGGCUACUCACAAAGUUCUCAGUUUUGUCUUCUUUGUUUUAUUGGGCAUAACAAUAUGUUGUGAAUGCAGAUCACUCCUCACUUUUGGAGGAGGAGGCUACAACGAAGGUUCGGGUGGUGUUACAGGAGGGGGUGGCUUUGGCCAUGGUAUUGGUGGUGGUUAUGGAGCUGGUGGUGGAGCUGGUUAUGGCCACGGUGGCGGUGAAGGCGCCGGGGGUGGUUACGGUGGAGGAGGCUAUGGCCACGGUGGAGGUGCAGGAGCCGGAGGUGGUUAUGGUGGAGGAGGCUAUGGAAAGGGUGGCGGUGCAGGAGCUGGGGGUGGUUACGGUGGGGGAGGUGAGGGAGGAGGUGGCUAUGGAAAGGGAGGUGGUGCUGGAGGUGGAGGUGGUUAUGGAAAGGGUGGCGGUGCAGGAGCAGGGGGUGGUUAUGGUGGAGGAGGUGAGGGUGGUGGAGGCUAUGGAGGGGGUGGUGUAGGUGGUGGAGGUGAGAGCGGGGGUGGCUAUGGAAAGGGAGGUGGUGCUGGAGGUGGAGGUGGUUAUGGAAAGGGUGGCGGUGCUGGAGCAGGAGGUGGUUAUGGUGGAGGAGGUGAAGGUGGAGGUUAUGGAAAGGGUGGCGGUGCUGGAGUUGGAGGUGGUUACGGUGGAGGAGGUGAGGGUGGUGGAGGCUAUGGGAAGGGGGGUGGUGUAGGUGGUGGAGCCGGUGGUGGUAGUGGUGGAGGUUAUGGUGGAGGUGAAGGAGGUGGUAAGGGUGGCGGUUAUGGAGCUGGAGGUGGACAUGGUGGAGGUGCUGGAGGAGGUUAUGGAGGAGGAGGAGCUAGUGGAGGUGGAUAUGGCAGCGGUGGAGGAGCAGGUGGUGGAUACGGAGGUGGCGCUGGUGGUGGUUCAGGCUAUGGUGGUGGACAUGCACGCUGAGAACCAAUGCGUGCAUUUUAUAUCUACGCUUUGUUACAGUGCUUCCCAACAAUAAGUACUAUCUAAGCAUCUCAUGAUCUGUUUUCAUUUGCCGGAUAAAUUCAGAAUUUCAUGGAUUUCAGCUCUGAAGAGUUUUAACUUUUAAGUGUUUUGGUUAUUCAGCUGUUCCCUUGGCUGCUGAUCAAUGUAACCGCACUUAAUAUCCGGUGGUCAUUUUAAAUAUGUAUCCCUUGUUCAUGUUUCCAAAAAGUAACAAUAAUAAAGAUAUGUACCCCUUGUUUAAUCUACUA